AGUAUGUAAACGCUAAAAGUCAACAGUAAGAUAAGCCAGAGAGGCGUGACGAUGUGGUUCAGUUGGCGCCUGCGCGUCGCGAGUAUACUCUACAGCGCUUGCGUGGUUUCACCAUUCCCAACCGGCAUCGACGGAGCGGGUAUCGCUCACAGGUGUUCUAUCCUCGACCAUCAUGAACGCUAGCCAGCUCCGUCGACUCGCCUCACCGAUUCUUAAGCCCUCGAUAUGUGCCUGUUUUCGACACUACAGUCAAGUGAGACCCGUCUAUAUAAUUGAAAACUCUGAUAAAUGGCGCAACUCAGCACCCAACUUCUAUUCGAUUCAAUCCGUCGAUAUAAGGCAGUAUUCGUUCGUGCAUAACAUCGACCCUAAAUCAGUCCGAGAUGGUCCACAUAAGAAUGCUGAUGAUGUCCUAUUUGAUAUGUUUAAGAAUGAAGAAACAGGAUUACUUCCAGUUGGAAAAUUUUUGGCCGCCCUAAGAACCACCGGGAUAAGAAAAAACGACGCACGUGUUAAAGAGGUAAUGCAUAGCCUGUACAAAGUUCACAAGGAAUCUAAUUUCGAAGGAGGAUCUCCAGAAACACUGAAACUUGAUCGAAAGACCUUCAAAGAAGUUAUUGCACCAAAUAUAGUAUUGAUAACUCGAGCUUUCCGAAGUCAGUUCGUAAUUCCAGACUUCCAAGAUUUUAUCAAGGACAUAGAGGAAAUGUACUGGGCUGCAAAGAGCAAUACUGAUGGUAAAAAUGCGAGCUAUAUCCCGCAAUUAACGAGAGCCAGUCCCGAGAGUUGGGGCGUAAGUGUUUGCACAAUUGAUGGUCAACGUUUUUCUAUUGGUGACGUGACCGUGCCAUUUACUCUUCAAUCUUGCAGCAAGCCUUUGACUUAUGCAAUGGCCCUUGAAACUCUUGGUCCUGACGUAGUGCACAACUAUGUUGGCACAGAACCUAGCGGACGGAACUUUAAUGAAUUGAUCCUCGAUUAUAAUAUGAAACCACACAACCCUAUGAUCAACGCUGGUGCUAUUCUUGUUUGUUCAUUACUAAAAACGCUGGACAAACCAGAAAUGACAUUGGCUGAAAAAUUCGACUACGUAAUGUCGUUCUUUAGUCGCCUUGCUGGGAAUGAGGUGUUGGGCUUUAAUAAUGCAGUAUUUUUAUCGGAACGUGAAGCCGCCGACCGAAACUAUGCUCUGGGUUUUUACAUGAGGGAACACAAAUGCUACCCCGAGAAAACAAAUCUGAGGGAAUGUAUGGACUUUUAUUUCCAGUGCUGUUCCAUGGAAGCAAACUGCGAUAUAAUGUCAAUUAUGGCGGCAACUUUGGCUAACGGAGGAAUUUGUCCGAUAACUGAUGAAAAAGUAUUGCGGCCAGACUCCGUGCGUAAUGUGCUGUCGUUAAUGCACAGUUGCGGCAUGUACGACUACUCUGGACAGUUCGCUUUCAAAGUGGGACUCCCUGCCAAAUCUGGAGUAUCGGGCGCCAUGCUUAUUGUGGUCCCAAAUGUUAUGGGCAUAUGUACAUGGUCACCGCCUCUAGAUCCAUUGGGAAAUAGCUGCAGAGGCUUACAGUUCUGCGAUGACUUAAUUAAACGAUUCAAUUUCCACAAAUACGAUAACAUUCGUUACGCGAGCCACAAAAAGGAUCCCCGCCGAUACAAGUUCGAAUCCACAGGACUUAAUAUCGUCAACUUAUUGUUCUCUGCUGCAAGUGGAGAUCUCAGUGCACUGAGAAGGCACCACCUGUCUGGUAUGGACAUGACUUUGUCGGACUACGAUGGACGGACGGCUUUGCAUUUAUCCGCUGCUGAGGGUCAUUUGGCGUGCGUCGAAUUUUUGCUCGCUCAAUGUGGAGUACCUCAUGACCCGCGAGAUCGUUGGGGCAGUCGACCUCUAAAUGAAGCCGAAACAUUUGGACACACUGCCGUUGUUCAAUAUCUGAAGGAAUGGGAACGCGCUCACCCCGAAAACCCCCCAGUAGAAUCACCAUCCUCAGUGGACGAAAUACUCGUGACUAAGCCAGAUGCUACCGAUGCUGUAAAGGAUCCCAGCAUCCAGGAGAUAGUGACCAGAAAUGGAGAUAAAGUACAAUAAUACAGUAGAAUCUCAUACAUUUAGUUGUAGAUCUCAGUAACCUAAAAUAAAAAUAACCACGGCAUUUCACGCCAUUGUAUCUCCAGAAGAGGUGAUUUAUACAAAUCAUUUCGUUUUCAUAAUAAUGAUUCGUUUACUAAUGUUUAAUAUCGAAGUACAAUUUUUACAACAAUGCUUUGAAUGAGUUUUAAAUUGAAAAUUAAUUAUGUAUUUGUGUAAGUACACAUCCACGUGUCAUCUUCGGUGUAAAAUAGUAAUUACCUAUAUGACCUAGGUAUUUUUAUCCGAUUUCAUAAAAAGGUUUCAAAUUAAGUUUUUUAAUAAAGCUUGCUAUCUCAGAACUCUGUCAUUUAUUUUGGAAUUCGAAAUAAUAUACAAUCAGUUUCGUCUCAUGAAAUUUCAUCAAAAUCCGCUCAGUAGUUUGGUUUUUAAAUCUAAAUAUGUAGUUGGAAAAAGUAAAUAAUCGAUGCAAGCUUUAUUGUGUAUUUUGAUUUUUAAUGAGCGACUAUUUAAAUUGUUUUUUUUAAUUAACAGAUGAUUUUGAAAACCGUGCUCAUAAAUUACUGUUUUAUUUACGUUAAGGACAAUAUAGGUGGAAUUUCAUCACUGAAAAUUUUAUGUACAAUUUAUCAUAUUUCUGCAUGUCUUUAAAUUUAUAAGUACGAUUGUAUUUAAAUUGCUUAUAAACUAUAAACGCCACAUUUCCAGAGUUAAAAUCUGUGUUAUAUUUUUUUAACAUUCCAUUUUUGAUGACAGACGCAAUGUAUGUCUUUUAAAUACUGCUUGUCGUUUAGCUAAUGGUUUAUAACGUCAUCCUUUUAUAUAAAUACUAAAGUUGGUAAGUGGGAAUGUUAAAAAUGUUGCAUUACACACGUUUUAAUAAAUACGCAAAGACAAUAAUUAUAAUGUUAACAAAACAAUAUUUAGUAAUUAUAGUUCAUGUGUAUUAAUGUUGUCCAUAUUAUGUAUAAGUCAA